CUGUUCAAGCUGUCAUAGUGGCGCUGUCACCCAUUCAGUUGCGCGGCGUUUGCAAACUCUGGUUACUUAGGAGGCUAAAUCUGUGGUUUUGAACUGUGAUUGUUCUAGAAAAUGACUAGCGUGUACGCACGACAUAUAACAACAAGAAAUUGCAACAUCUGAAGGUCUACUAUCAACAAAUACGAAAUGUUUAAGCCCAAGGUCAUUGUGGUGGCAUUAGUGGCCAUCACAGCCCUUCUAGGGCAGCCUACGUGUACCGAGGUCCUUCCGAGUUCAGAGACAGCUCUAUCCAGUUCGAGUCCUGUGCCAGCUUCAUCCAAUGCUCCAAAUGUGACCAGUACCAUCACGAUUACAAAUAACAGCAACACAACCACGGUUAAGACCACCAAGUCUUCGUCUGAGUCACCCCCUGCCCAGGUGUCGACGGGCGGUCAUGAAAGCGAGAUCACAACAAAUUCUACUCCUUCACCCGAACCACCGCUUCCCGAUAGCAAAUUAGUUGAACAGGAGCAUAACAGCUCGUUAUCAAUAUUUUUUGUACUAUGCAUUAUUGGACUAGGAGUUCUUCUUAUUCAUAUGAUGCUGCAGACUGGAUUCCAGUAUUUACCAGAAAGUAUUGUAGUAGUUUUCCUCGGUACACUUAUUGGAGCUCUCACGAAAAUACUUGGAAGUGAUAAUACAACGGUCAUAUGGAAGCGUGAAGAAGUUUUCACUCCUACAGGAUUCUUCUUAGUUCUGCUUCCACCCAUUAUAUUCGAAUCAGGUUAUAAUUUGCAUAAAGGAAACUUUUUCCAAAAUAUUGGAUCAAUUUUGGUUUUCGCAAUUUUCGGCACAACCAUUUCAGCAUUAGUUAUUGGGGCUGGAGUUUACGUCCUGGGACUAGCGGCUGUGGCCUACAGGUUGGACUUUUCAGAAUCUUUCGCCUUUGGAUCGCUAAUAUCUGCAGUUGAUCCAGUUGCAACAGUCGCCAUUUUCCAUGCGCUAGAUGUCGAUCCUGUAUUGAAUAUGUUGGUGUUUGGCGAAAGCAUACUAAAUGAUGCUAUUUCAAUCGUAUUAACAACAACAAUCACAACGGAAGCCAACUCUCAUUUAUCAGGAGCUCAGGCUAUUGCGUCUGCCCUAAAAACAUUUUGCGCAAUGUUUUUUGCUUCGGCUGGAAUUGGUGUAGUUUUCGCAUUAAUAAGCGCACUUUUACUGAAAUUUGUAGAUUUAAGAAAACAUCCGUCAUUAGAAUUUGCAAUGAUGUUGAUUUUCACUUAUGCCCCGUAUGUUCUUGCCGAAGGAAUUCAUCUGUCAGGAAUAAUGGCUAUUCUAUUCUGUGGAAUUGUAAUGUCUCAUUAUACACAUUUUAAUUUAUCCACAGUGACACAAAUCACCAUGCAGCAAACGAUGAGAACUUUGGCUUUCAUCGCUGAGACUUGUGUAUUUGCAUAUCUUGGGUUAGCUAUUUUCUCUUUCAAGCAUCAAAUAGAAAUAUCCUUUAUAAUAUGGUCCAUAGUACUUUGCCUCAUUGGUCGAGCUUUCAAUAUAUUCCCGUUAGCGUUUUUGGUGAAUAAGUUUCGAGAACAUAAAAUCACAAAUAAAAUGCAAUUUAUCAUGUGGUUCUCAGGACUACGUGGGGCUAUUUCUUACGCUCUGUCGCUGCACUUGAAACUGUCAAGCGAUGAAACAAGGAGGGUUAUCAUCACAACUACUCUUAUUAUCGUAUUGUUCACAACGCUCGUUUUCGGUGGUUCAACUAUGCCACUUCUGAAAUAUUUACAACCUGGAAAGAAAUUAAAAAAGUCAUCUAGGUCAAGAGGAUCACGGCGCCGAGCAAAACAAAUAUCUUUGAGCAAAACACGUGAAUGGGGCCAAGCAAUUGACUCCGAACACCUCUCAGAACUCACUGAAGAGGAGGAAGUCGGAUUCGCUAAAUCAAGGGUCGGUGGAUUUGGAGUAUUAGAUAGGAAAUAUUUUACACCAUUCUUUACUCGAAGAUUCACUAGCGAGGAGCUGCACGAUUGUAAGAGCCAAAUGGCUGAUUUGACAAACAAAUGGUAUCAAGCCAUACGAGUCUCACCCCAAAUUUCUGAGGGCGAAGAAAGUGAUGGAGACGAGGAAGCACCCAGUACUUCAAGUCGAAUUAAUCUCCAUUCGGCAAGGGUCACCUAAGAAAAAAUUUAAAUAUUUAUUUUAAUUAUUUAUAUUAUUUUUUUAAGCUGAACGUAAAAUUGUGGAGGGGACAGUUCAGACCAAGAAGAAAAAAACUUACAUUCAAAGCAGCGGUUUGAGUUCAUUCUUUCCCUGAAUCUUGCUUUGAUUAUUUAUGUGAUUGGUUUGAGUAUUUUAACCGAUGUUACUUAGACGCUUUAUAUAUUAGAAUUCCAAAAAUUAGUUAUGUAUGAACGUAUAUUAGAGGAAGAAUUUCUUCACACAACAAAUAAGAAAGCAGGUCUUUUUUUAAGUUGAAAUUUCAAAAUCUUUCUAAGUCUUUCAAGACAAAGUGAACAGUGCAAAACGAUUGAAUUCAAAGUAACAUCAAAGUCCACCAAAAUUUGAAUAAUUAUUAUUUUCCUGGCACUGUGAGUCUGACCCAACGAAUUUCUUUUUAAUUAAAAACGUUUUAAAUAGAAGUAAAGCAUUCAGUAUUUUUCGUUGUAUAUGCUACCUAAUUUAUAUGUUAUCUUCUAUUAUAUUUGUUAUAUUUUUCGUACUUUUUUCAGGUCUUUAACGCAGAUUUAUCUAAUGUUUUAUUUUCGUAGAAUGAAUUUGUGAUGCACAAACAAACGAUCUGAUUGCAAAUAAAUCGGUGAAUUUGCCUAGAUAUAAAAAAUAUCUCUCAGGUGGGGUUCAGGAACAAAGUUCCAUGAUAUGUAUUAUUCACGGUCUAAGACGGAGUACUUUUAGACAAACGGUUAAUUCUGCAAUAUGUAUUAUAUUGAAAUUCAGUCUUUGAAGCGGUUUCGAAGUUGUACAAUAUGAAAAUCAUCUGAAACUUUUAUUAGUCCUUAUUGCCAUUUGCUAUUUUUAGGAUAAUUAUAUUCCUUAAAAAAAUUUGUGAUGAAUUUUCUAUUGUGCGGUAAAUAUAUUUAUACUUAUUGCUCUAGGCCAAUGUAAUAUGAUUAGAAAACUUUUAAACUAAAUAGAAAAUAAAGCAAAUAUUGAAAAAUAUGA